GUUUACCACAGAUGCUGGCAAAACAUCGGGAAUAAACUCUUAAAGGACAUGGCCACAGAGCCCCCAAAACCCACAAAAGACUAUGGAUGCCAGCCACGAAAGCCUUCGACUUCAGAUUAAAUAGCCCUAUCUACUUUAUGAUUUCCACUUGCUCCUUUUUUUCCAGAUGCAACCGGGAGAAAUGGACUCCGAUGUGCCGCCAGUCCGUCGUACGGUUCAAGAAGCGAUGGACAUCCUCUCUUCCUCCAGAGAUGGCACCCAGAUAUCUAAGACGCUGCGGAUGGUUAAGCGUUACCUCCGCGAAACUGAAAACCCGCCCUCCGUAAAAGAGAAGGAAGAAUUCAUCCGUAGUCACUUCACUGUUUUCCUUCGGUGUCUGAUCACUAACCUGGACCCUGGUCGGCUGGAACUGUUGCAGCCAGACAAAGAGAGCGAACUGUGGGACAGCUUUUUCUUAGAAGGACCAGCGGACCAAUCUUUUAUGGUCCUUUUGGAUGCCAUAAUUUCUACUGAGGCGAGUUUGCGUCUGAACAAAGUCGCUGAUGUCCUGGAGAAAUUUCUUCAGAGAGCUGGACUAUCUGCUCUGAUGUGGGAGGUCUGCAAGCAGCAAACCCAGGUUCGAACGCCAGUGCUGCAGGAAGCAAUCCUCAACAGGAUUAUAUGUCUGCCUGAUCAUUUAAGCAACAAGUUCCAGGGAGAAAACCGACCAAUAUUCUUCCCACAGAACUAUUUUCCAUUGCUGGGCAUGGAAAUUGUUCAGGUGUUGGAGAGGAUCUCUGAAUCGUUGCGAGAUGGCUUGGAUUGCUCAAUCUCCUUUGUGUCCCAGGUGCUAGGAAAGGGGUGUGCACAUGGAAGACGAAAAGAGAUCUUGAAUGUGUUGGUGCCCCACCUGACAGAUCGCACACAGUCUGACUGCAUCUGGCAGAGGAUGUGUUGGCGAUUGGUUGAAAGCGUGCCAGAUCGCUGGAUGGAAGCAGUAGUCUGUGGCUUUGUUCAGUCAGCACCAGGGUCUGCUGUGUUGACUCGGUUAUUGGGGAACUUGGUUCUCAAGAGCAAGAAGGCUCAGUUUGUGAUGACCCAGAAAUUGCUGCUGUUCCAGUACAGCUACCCAACUGUGGUGUUGCAGACACUCCUUGGAUAUCUGGCUCUGGAAAGCAUGCGACGUCCCUUACUCAUCAAAGUUUUUAAAGAGCUGUUAGAGACCUGGGUAAGCAGCAGUGCUAUAAGGCACUGCCCAGUGGAGCAGCAGUUGUAUAUCAGCAAGGCCAUCCUGAUCUGCCUCUUUCACCUGAAAGAGGAAGAAAUAGUAAGCAACAGGCAAGAACUACUCACAAGUUUGAUGGAAGGAAUGAAAUGCCAUCUGGAUAGCAACUUGCCACGGGUCCGUUUUAUGGGAAUGGUUGUAGCAGAGUGUCUUAGUGAAAAAAUAACACCUGAUGGCCCUGUCUUGAAAUUUCAAUAUGAAGAAGAUGAUGAAAUUAGAGAACUAAAAUCCUUGCUGACUGAGAGACCAGAAGACGCCUCUGUCAGUGAUCCACCAAGCACCAGGAUCAGUAGACCAGCCCCAGCUCUGACAACUGUGCUGAAGCCCAGUGUGAAAGUACAUCCAGAUGCAUCUGCAGAAGUGGAUCAAGGAGCCGACUCUGAGCUUGAUAGUGAUGAUGAUCUUGUUCCAUAUGACAUGUCACAUGACAAAGAACUGAAAAAGAUCAAGGCUCCCACCUACAUCCGAGACUGUAUUGAAGUCCUGACUGGGCCUGAAGAUGCAGACAAAUAUGAAGCUACAAUGAAUGUCCUGGAGACUCUGAUCCGAAAGAAUGCAGCAGCCGUGGGAGAGAUAAGUGUGGAAUUAACAAAAGUACUGCUGCAUCUGGAAGAGAAAAGCUACAUAGAAGACUUCAUGGGACUUCGACAACGUGCCAUGGUGGCUAUUGUUGUCAUAGACCCAAUCUCAGUGGCCCAGUAUCUAACCUCUGAGUUCUACUCCUUGAAUUACAGCCUCCGCCAGCGAAUGGACAUUCUGGAUGUGCUGGCCAUGGCAGCUCAGGAACUGUCUCAGUCAGUAUCUCCAAAACCAAAGCAGCUUCUGGGUCCCAAAGGUGUUGACAUCCAGAUUCAAUCUAGCAGCGGUUCUUCUUCAGAUUGGCAAAAAGUUGUGGGUGAAAGGAUCAAAAGCAAGACCCGAAGGUUUGCAAAGGGUAAGUCCCAAGCGGAGCCAGUGUGUGCACCCAACAGAUUUGGUCCUGUUGCUGGUCACUUUUUCUUUCCACUUCUUCAGAACUUUGACAAGCCACUAAAUACCUUUGACCUUCUGGGAGAUGAUCACCUGGUACUGGGCAGGCUGGCACAUACCUUAGCAAUUCUGAUGUACUUUGCUGUCAACUCUGUGGUAGCAAGUACAAUGGGAAAAGCACUACUGGAAUUUGUUUGGGUGCUACGUUUCCACACUGAUACGUAUGUGCGCCAAGGACUCCUGUCUUGUGUCUCCUCCUUGCUCCUUAGUGUCCCUGCUGAGCGUCUUCUUGAGGACAUGACAGAGGAACUUUUGGAGAUCCAGUUCUGGCUGGCAGAUGUUGCAGAGAAGGAUUCAGAUGGUGAUUGUAGAAGUUUGGCAAUACAGAAUCUGCUACUGAUGGAAAACCUGAAAAAAAAGCUAGAAAUACCUCCUCGCUAGUGAAGAUGAUGCCCUUUUGCUGAUAUCUGGCUAGCUAAUGAUUGAGAAUAUCUACGUCUCAGUCUCUGCAGCAAAGGCGAGGAAAGGAAAAGAGGCUACUGAGGUCUUUCUAAUGGAUUGAAUUGGUUUCGUGAAAUGAACUGAAAAUGUUUUCAGCUAUGGGGAGGAUUUACACACAGGUUUUUUCCCCUUGUGCCAGGUAAUGUGACUUAUCUGUCACCAGCAGAAGGUAUGUCCCAUGCCACCAUUAAACCUGGCAGUGUGCAAAAGAGAA